CAUAAUCACGUAGCCCAAUGGAGGCUCCUUACCCUGGUUUUCGCUUCUACCCAACAGAAGAAGAGCUCGUCUCCUUCUACCUCCACAACAAGCUCGAAGGUCUCAGACCCGACAUGGACAGAGUCAUCCCUGUUCUUCAAAUCUACAACGUCGAGCCCUGGCAACUCCCACAGCUUGCUGGAGAAGCAUGUCGCCUGGAUACAGAGCAAUGGUUCUUCUUCUCGCCGAGGCAAGAGAGAGAAGCAAGAGGAGGGAGGCCCAACAGAACCACCACUUCGGGAUACUGGAAAGCCACCGGUUCUCCGGGUUACGUUUACUCUUCCGAUAACAAGGUGAUCGGCGUGAAGAAAAACAUGGUUUUUUACAGAGGCAAAGCUCCCACCGGCAGGAAAACCAAGUGGAAGAUGCAUGAAUACAGAGCCAUUGAACCCUCCAACUCCGCCGCCUCCAUUCCCACGUUGAGGCACGAAUUCAGCUUGUGCCGAGUUUAUGUGAUAUCGGGGAGCUUCAGAGCAUUUGAUCGACGGCCAUUUCAAGGGGACGGAGCCUCUGGUUCUGGUGCCGCAACUAGUAUUCCUGAUGGCGAAGGUCGGAGAGCGAGCUCGUCGUCCGACACUUCAAACUCAGGAGCAGACCAUGCAGAAGUUGCAGAACGGAAUGCCAAUGAUGAGAUUGUACGAGAGCCUCUGUGGGAAUGGGAACAGCUUAAUUGGCUCUGAUGAUUAUGGGAAUGAGAUCAACUUAAUUAGUUGCCUCUAACUCUAGGCGCACCUGAUAAUAAGCGUUUAAUCUGUAACAUAGUAGUCGUGUUUGAUUUUGUUUAUAGAGAAGAAUUUAUUCUUUCCCCAAAAAAUAACGUGGAUAUUAAGAUCCUAGGAAACCAAUCGGGUAGUCGUUGUCUCUUCAUCGGAGCAAUUAGGAGUUUUUCCGCACUCUGCAAAAGAUAUUACACGUCGUUUUUGUAUUAAUUAAUUAAUUCAGUAUCCAUCUCAAGAGUAAUUGUCUAUUUAUAAAUCCAUUUACUAUAUAUGUUGAUGUGAACGGGU